CGUAUGAUCAAGGGUAAAGAACGUUACUGUCGCUGUACAUAUCAAUACCACUUCUCUUGAUGGAACUUAUGAAGAAGAAACCUAUUAAAUACUAGUUAGUUUGAUUGUGUUCAAAUGGAUUUCCUGAAGUUACUUUUUCUUCUCAAAGUAACACAAACGUCACAUGUAUCAUCGACAACUACCGAUAGAUCGACAGAAUCAGCGUCACAUGUACCACCGACAACUACCGAUAGAUCGACAGAAUCAGCGUUACAUGUACCACCGACAACUACCGAUAGAUCGACAGAAUCAACGUCACAUGUACCAUCGAUAACAACCGAUAGAUCGACAGAAUCAACGUCACAUGUACCACCGACAACUACCGAUAGAUCGACAGAAUCAACGUCACAUGUACCACCGACAACUACCGAUAGAUCGACAGAAUCAGCGUUACAGGUACCACAGACAACUACCGAUAGAUCGACAGAAUCAAAGUCCGAAUUUGUUUAUAACAAAGAUUGGAUGUAUUCUUACGACGAGGCACUUAGAGUGUGCAGUAAAGAGGGGACAGAAACUGUAACCUACAAAAUAUUGUACUUUUAUCAGUUAAACAUAGACGAAAGUAACUAUGUUUACACGGAAGUUGGAAGGAAUACGUUUGAGGACGGCGUUAAGAUUUGGACUGACCUUUAUGUACUUAGUAAUAAGACAAUUGGAAGCAGAGUCACUGGGAAUAUCUACGAAGUGCCCUUGAACAACUCCUCCAAGAACAAGAUUGGCACCUGCGUGGUGCUCAUAUGGAAUUCUGGCAAAGCACACCUCCAUCUACAGGCCAAUCGUUGUGACUCUCUCAACAGAGUUAUUUGUCGGGAAUAUUUGGACUUGGCCACAACGAGCAGCCCUAGUGUGCCAUGUCCUGUCUGUGAUUGCAAUACUGACGGUGACAGAGUCAGGACAAGGGAUGAAGUCGAAACCGUGCUGAGGGAAAUCCGGAAAAAUCUCACUCUCAGUAAAGCAAAUCUGUCGUCAAGUAUAAGGAAAAGAAUAAGUGCCAGUGACCCCCGAAUGUCCAGUCAGAUCAUCGGAGUGACCCUAGGAAUCAGCGUUCUGAGUUUCACUGUCGGUGUAAUAAUCAUAACAGAUUUUAUCUCACUUUUGAAGUUUGUGGUGUUGAAAUUCUGUUGUAGAGACUAAUUAAAAAAAAAAAACAUUUAAAAGGUGAUAAGUAAUCACAUUUCCUGAUAUUGCAAUAUGCUACCCAAUGAUUUUAUGCAUCAUGAAAUGUUAUGGAGCGCCUUAACUGCCUUCUGGUGUUCUGUAAUUAUUUAGUGAGUGAUGUACUUCUCUCAUUAUGUGAUGUGCUUUUCUCAUGUUAACACUAAUAAUUAGGUCUUGUGCAUUUUAAUAAGGAUUAUGUGAUGUGCUUUUUUCAUGUCCUGUGCAUUUACCACUGUGAUGCGUUUCUCUCAUUAUGUCAUGUGCACUAAUCAUUAUUAUCAUUACUAAUCAAUAUGCUGGAGUUCCUUUGGGUUCUGCACUGGGGCCAAUUUUAUUUCGUUUGCAUGUCAAUGAUUUUUCUGAAGAUUUAGUUAAUAAUAUACAACUUUUUGCUAAUGAUACCUCUUUAGAUGCAAUUAUAAACAGUGAUGUUACAAAUGUUACAAUGUCACUUACAAAUGAUGUACCCGGUAGAACAUAUAGAUGAUUUGUCUGAGAAAUGGCUUGUUGAAUUCAAUCCAAACAAAACUGUUAAUAUUGAUUUUUCUAGAAAAAAAAACAUUUUGUAUCCUUAUGUUAAAUUUGGUGAACACGGACCAGAAAUUGUUCAAGAUAAAUCUCACACCCACUUAGGUCUCCAAUUUCAGAGUGAUGCUACGUGGACAUCCCAUAUACUUUCAGUUAAUGAAAAAGCUACAAAAAGAAUAAAUAUUCUUCGAAUGCUGAAAUAUAAGGUUAACAGUAAAACACUGAUUAAGAUACAUUUGGCAUUAAUUAGACCCGUGCUUGAAUAUUCUGAUGUUGUUUGGGAUAAUUGCUCAGAAAAAGACUAAAUCAUUAGAAGACAUUGAAGUAGAAGCAGCCAGAAUAAUUACAGGUUUAAGAUGUAACUCCUCACGUGCAAAGCUGUAUGAUGAACUAGGAUGGGAUCUCUUACAAACAAGGAGAAAAAUUCAUAAGCUGCUGGGUUUAUUUUUAUUCAUGAAUGGCUAUUCGCCUCAAUAUUUGUAUAAUUUCAUAGAACCAUAUCGUCCACCGACUCAUUUUUACAAUCUCCGAGUUACAUGUAGUACUUUUCAGUUUAGCAUUACUCAUAUUAGAACAACAUCAAAUAUGGAAUGCUUCAUUCCGCCCGCUGUCAAACUAUGGAAGAACCUGCCAGACUAUAUAGAGAAUGUUUCUGAAAUUUCUUCUUUCACGAGUCUCUUCGUAUUUGUACAAAAAGGUAAUGGACUGUUUCAAUUUGGAGAACCUGUGUAACAUGAUACAUUGUCAAAAUAAAGAAACAAUUAAUGCUAGCAACCUUGAUUUAGAUCUGUAUACUUGUAAGGACUAAAAUAGGCUAUAUAUGCCUGCUGCCCAAUCCCUUUCACUAUUUGUGAAUAAAAUUAUAAUAAAGCAAAAAACUAAUCAUUAUGUAUUGUGCAUUUUUAAAAUCAUUUUAUCAUAAUUAUGUACUCAUCGUUAUGUCAUGUGCAUUUAUCGUUAUGUCGUGUGCAUCUCAUCGUGUAAUGUGCUUCCGUCAUUAUGAAAUGCGCUUUUGUCAUUAUGUGAUGUUAUGUUGUCAUUAGGUUGUGUUGAAGUUGUCA